AUGCGUUCCCUCUUCAGCGUGAGCGUCAGUGUACCCCAGAAUCAACCCUCCGGGGGGACCACCAACGGAGCCCUGGGGGCCCCGCCCACUGUCAACGACGGUACCCAACCCACCUUUCUGCAGGAGCCUAAACCGGCCCCGCACAAGUCCGGCCCUGCCAUCUUCCCGCCUGGGGGCUCCCUGGGCCGGGGUUCAGGUCAGGGUCCCGACGAGGUCCCCCAGCUUCCUUCCGGGGCUUCCCGCGCCUCCUCGCAGCCGGUGCCCGCCGGCGGUGUCCCCUCACCGCAGCGGCUCCGCGCGUGCCCCGCGGAUGGAGGCGUUUGUCCCCGUCCGUCCUUGCGCGUGUCCGCUCCUGGUAACCGCGCCCUCCCCACGUCCCGGGAUGGUUUUGCACGGGGUCCCAGCGGCGCGCCGCGCGGGGAGACGCUGCAGGAGGGCGGGAUGGGCUCUGGCAACGCCGACCCGGCGGCAGGAGUGGAGCGGGCGCCAGGCUGCCCUUCCUCGGCCGGCUCCCCGCGUUGGGCCGUUCGUGUGCGCGUCUGGGCGACGACGCCUGGCGACCGAGGUGUGCGGAACUGGACGCGCGGCUGUACCGGGGGUCGGGCGGAACCGAAGGUCCGGCACGCGUCCCACGCGGCGGCCUCCGUUAGGGACGUGCUCACACACCUGCCCGGAUGUGCCCUCGGCCGGAAGGAGCUCAGCCGGCCUCCGCUGCAUCUCCUCGUGGCGGCCACCGCCUGCCAGGACGCCAGUUACGGCCCCUUUCUCCGAGAGCUGUGUCUCAAGCAGUUUCAGCUGGACAUGGAGGCCCUGGAGAAGGCCCUCUGGUGCGACUGGGGCAAAACUAUUGAGAGCUACAGCGAGCUCACCGACUGCACCAGAGAGGUGGCCGAGAGGCUCGAGUGCUUCUGGCCCAACCCUGAGGUGGACCGCUUCUUCGUCGCUGUCCACCAGCACUACUUCAGGAGCUGCCCGGUGUCCGGGCGCGCCGUGCGGGACCCGCCCAGCAGUGUCCUCUGCCCCUUCGUCGUGGUGCCCAUCCUGGUGACGCUGCUUGUGACCUUACUCGUGGUCUGCCAGAGCAAGCGCAAGGAAGGCAUCGUGUAG